CCUUAAAUCGGGCUCUAGCUCACUUAGGGGGCUUGGUGGUGGUGUGUGAGAGGGGGAAGAGGUGGAGCUCUGCUAUCAGAGCUGUGAUGAAGUCCUUGAACGCAUCGCGAUCAAAAGUACCAGCAGAGCGCUGAGUGACAGUCCUGCUCCACGGUAGCUGCUCCGCGCCAGAGAAACCAGAGCAGAGCCGAGCGAGGCAGGGGUGGGGGGACACGCACAGAGACCGCGUGCAGCAGGAUGGGCUCCGCGCACUGCGAUGUGCAGUAAUUGGGAUUAAACCUACCGGACGGUGCUUGGAAACACUCACAGCAGCAGCAGUAGUAAUAGUAGUAGUAGUAGUAGUGGAGAGCAGGGGGAGCUCCGCCGCAUGUGCUCCUCUGUGUGCGCCUGAAAGAACUUGUUUUGCUCCGUGCGCUGGGCAAAAAUCGACCCCCUCCUCCUCCAGAGAAAGAAGCGACUCGGCGGUCAUAAACAAACACGGGUUCAGAUUUAAGCUCCGGGACUCGCAGUUGCAGCAACCCCAAACCGACCUCUGACUCUCCUCUCACAUGCCAGCGCCGGUGUGGGGGAGAGAGGCAGAGGAGAGGAGCCGGGGGAUGUUUGGAUCAGCUCGCUGAACUCGCACAAACACCGACGAGGAAAACAAGAAGAAGUCGCGCUGGUUUUUCACGUGGGGGUUUAAAAUAAAGAGAGAGAGGAGGAGAGAGCUCGGGGGGUGUCAUGGAGAGCCAAGCGGGCGAGCAGUACAGCCACGAGGACGUGCGGAAGAGCGGCUACCUCCGCAAGCACAAGUCCAUGCACCGGCGGUACUUCGUGCUCCGCGGCGCCUCGGAGCGCGGUCCGGCCCGCCUGGAGUACUACGAGAGCGAGAAGAAAUUCCGGGGCAAGGCCCCCGUCCCGAAGAAAGUGGUGGCGCUGGAGACCUGCUUCAACAUUAACAAGCGGGCCGACUCCAAGAACAAGCAUAUGAUCGUGCUGUACACCCGGGCAGAGAGCUUCGCCGUGGCCGCGGAGAACGAGGCGGACCAGGACGAGUGGUACCAGGCCAUGGUGGAGCUGCAGUGCAGGAGUAAGAAUCCUAAUGACGGCAGCGGUGCAGGAGACUAUGGAGUGCCUAAUCCUGGACCAGCAUUCAAAGAGGUAUGGCAGGUAAAGGUAUGGCCCAAAGGCCUGGGUCAGGCCAAGAACCUGGUUGGCAUCUACCGCCUUUGCCUGACCGACAAGACGGUGAACUUUGUGAAGCUCAACUCUGAUGCUGCCGCCGUGGUGCUGCAGCUGAUGAACGUGAGACGCUGCGGCCAUUCAGAAAACUUCUUCUUCGUUGAGGUGGGACGCUCUGCAGUGACAGGCCCAGGCGAGUUCUGGAUGCAGGUGGAUGAUUCAGUAGUCGCCCAAAACAUGCAUGAAACCUUGCUAGAGGCCAUGAAGGCGUUGAGUGAGGAGUUCCGCCAGCGCAGCAAGUCUCAGUCCAACUCUGGCCCUGGAGGAGGUGCUACUGCUUCUAACCCCAUCAGUGUUCCCUCACGCCGCCACCACCCAAACCCUCCUCCUAGCCAGGUUGGCUUCACCCGCCGGCCCCGAACCGAGCCCCCUGGAGGAACUAACAGUGGAGCACCCAUCAACUGUGCCAACGCUUCUCCCACGCCAAGGCAUAGCUUCCCGAGGUCUCGCACUGCAAGUGAUGGAGGGAAAGGGGAGGAUGGGAUAACAGGUGCCACACCGAUCCAUGGGGUGAACUCCAGCCCCUCCACCAAUGGCUCUUGCUCUAACACCCCAAUCCUCAGAUCAAAAUCAGCUCGUUCAGCACCCACCACAACUGCUAAAACUCCUUUAGGGUUGAUGCGCUCUAUCUCGACCCCAGCUCCUUCCCCAGCUCCAAGUCUGUCCUCUAGUUCUGGUCAUGGCUCAGAGUUUGGAGGCUUAACGUCUUGUGCUGGUGCUCCGGGGUCUGGAGCCUACAGUCGUAUUCCCUCUCAUCGAGCCUCUGUCUCCGGCUCACCCAGUGACUACGGCUCCUCAGACGAGUAUGGUUCAAGUCCUGGAGAUCACACGCUCCUACCUUCUCCUAGCCUCCCUGGAAGCUCUGUUGGCAGUGUCAGUAGUCAGUCCCUCAGUGAAGAUGGGGCCAACUAUAUCCUAAUGGGCCAACGUAGUAGCAGUGGUGGUGGCAACAGUAAUCAAGGAAGUGGCUCCCAGCAAACACCAGGAACACCAACCUCUGGCUCUCAAACUAAAAGAGUUCUACGCCGCUCCUCCAGCCGAGAAUGUGAAGCUGAACGCAGGCUGCUGAGCAAGCGGGCCUCCUUACCUCCUAUGGCCCUGGAAAGGCUGGCUCCACGUCAGCGCAGAGCUGAGGAGCCAGCAGAUGACGAUUCGGCCGAUUACGCUAUCAUGUCAAGAAGCACGAGCCGAGAGUCUUUUACUUCCACCUGCUCUUCUACACAGAAGGAAUCUGCCAUGAGUGCUGGGUCGGCAGGGGGAGGAGGCGGGUACUUGGAUGUGGCAGGAGAGUUUAAAGCUGAAGGCACUGGAGGAGCAGGUGGUAGCGUAGAUUUAGGCGUGGACAAUGGGUACAUGUCAAUGCUACCUGGAGUUACUCAGCCUCCGACGUCCCUUUCCCAGUCACUGGCCGUUUUGGUCCCCGACUCAGACUCCAAACCUGCUGAUGAUUACAUGGCCAUGACUCCUAACAACAGCGUGUCGCCUCCACAGCAGAUUCGACCUCCACCAAAUUCUGAUGGCUAUAUGAUAAUGUCCCCUAAUAGCAGCUGUUCCCCUGACCAGCGUGGAGGUCUCUCCGGUGGGGCUUGGGUGGGCAGUGGCAGUGCAGACAGCAGGCCAGGCAGUGACUAUAUGAACAUGUCUCCAAUUAGUGCACGUUCUGUAAACGGCAGUCCCCCACCUCCUGAGCACUCAUCACAUUUGGAGACCAGUCCGCAGCAACAUGGUCCCAAGAUGGUGUACUCUUACUAUUCCCUACCCAGGUCUUAUAAACAUAGCCCCUCUACCGGACACUUUGAUGAUGGUCCUGGACGAGGAAGAAGGCCCAAUGGGAGUUCUAGGAGGGGAAUGGGUGGCGGUAAACCUAUUAGAGGGCUUCAGGAGCAAGCAGCAGUUGGUAAUGCAGUAGUUGGACGCCACCUGUCUCUCUCAUCUUCCUCGUACUCCUCCAGCUCAGCCAGCAGUGAAAGUCUGGGUGAGAGCGACGAGCGAACUAGCCAGGCUUUGAGUAACGUGACUGGGGGAACUCAGUCCAAGCAUGGGAGUAAGCAGCAGCAGAGAAGAGGCUCUGGUGGGUUGUCCAAGCAGGGUAGCUAUACUAGAAGCAGACCUGUUAGCCUGUUUGUUGACGUAUCCAAAGCGAACACUCUUCCUAGAGUUCGUGAGAACCCUCUGCCACCAGAACCUAAGAGCCCUGGGGAGUAUGUAAGCAUUGAAUUCAAGGGGGAGAAGGGCAAUCCGACUGGGAUAGGAUUAGGUCGUGGUAGGGGUCUAAGGCAUGGAUUAUCGCUGCCUCAUGGCUCCAGCAGCCAGCAGCCUCAACAGAAGCCAUCUUCUUCCUUUGGAAACUUUAUACCCCUUUCCCGUAGCCCAUCUGCCCCGAUCACUCCACCAGCUGCCUCUGAGUACGUCAACAUGGACCUGGGCCCUUCUCCAUCGCCCUCACCCCUCUCUCUUACCCCGCUGGUUUUCCCCUCUUUCCAUACCCCUCCCACACCCCCAACGCUUGCUCAUGCCCCUAAACCCUGUAAUGAGGAUAAUACUGAACCUCAUGAAGAUGAGGUUGAAGUGGCAGAGGCCCUACUUAGGAAAAACAGAGAAAGCGUUCCAUCAGUGAUGAAAUCCGAGUCUCCUACAUCAUGUGGAGACUACACAGAGAUGGCCUUCAGUUUGAAUAACAACCCUGUCCCCCGGUCAUCAUCUAGCGUCUCCCCAAAAGGCGCAUCUCCCACCAGGGAUGAUACAUCUGUGCUGCCACGGGGUCUAGACUUUCCCCUAUCCAAAACAGGACCCAACCCAGACCAGGGAGCUAAAGUUAUCCGGGCCGACCCCCAAGGACGCAGACGGCACUGCUCAGAAACCUUCCUUGCCUCAACUUCCCUCUCCACCUCUACCUCGACUUCUUCCUCAACUGCUUCCCUCUUUCCUGAACACCAGUCUGUAGCCCGCCGGCUGGGCUUUGAAAGCAUGCUGUGGGGCAAUGGUGUUGUGACUGAAUCUCCCACUCAGUUCCCCCUUCCUGGACAGCAAUCUCUUCCCACAAAUGCUCAGACUUCAUCUGCAGAGCAAGGCCUUAACUACAUAGACUUGGAUUUGGCCAACAAGGAGAGCCCCCACGUGGGACUGGAUGGGCCCUCUGGCAACCAGGCCCCAUCUCGCCUCUUCUCUGGAAUGGGUUCUGGUUCUGGGGUGGGGGCGGCAGGUGCAUCAGUCGGCAGCAGCGGCAGUGGCAGCUCCAGCCUGAACACGUACGCCAGCAUUGACUUCUACAAAUCAGAGGAGCUGCGGACGCACCAAAAUGGAAGCAAGGAGGGAACUGAGUGCUGAUGUUGGUGAAUCGUCCCUGGGGAAAACAAAGGCUCCGCCUCUUCAUUUUGUGGCAACCUAUCGCAUCGAGAGAGCAGCUGGAUCGGACACGGUCCUCAAGCACUUUGUCAGAGACUGAUGGAAAACUUCUUUUCUUUUUUUUUCCUCUUCGCUUUCAUCUAGUUGGUUGUGGAAACCAACAGGGAUGUGUGCCAAAUGACAUUCUUAAAAAGCUAUUUGCUGCUCUCAUUCCUUGAGUGAAACCCAUCAGAGGAGGGUACAAAAAUGGAGAACAGUGUUUUCUUUUUUCUUUUUUUUUUUCCUAAUUGGAAGAGCUCCAAUUAUAAAGAAUACAACGGUUGAUGAAAAAGAAAAAUGUGUGGAAUUGUACAUCUGCUCAAAAAGUGCCUCAUUUUCAGAUUGUAGCCAUUUUCCAGAGAACUUCAGUGAAGCUUUGUGGGGUGUUUUUUGUUGUUUUUCUUUCCAAGCUUGAUUUAAUGUAGUUCUAAAAACAAAAGUGGGGAGCACUGGUGUGAGCUUUUACUGCAUUCAUGUCAUAAAGUAUGGAAGGUUUGAAGGUUUGCUGUGUGUGCACAGCGAUCGUCAGCUUUCUGAUUACAGAGUUGCUCGUAUGUGGCUGAAAAACAUUAUAGACACUAUGUCUUUAGGUUUCAGUUCAUAUUCCUUGAUGUGAGUCUUCCAAGAUGGGUAAGAUCAAGAAAAACAUGUUGACAGUCCUAACUGGAAUGUUGAAAUAAAAUGAAACGGGGGGGAGAUUGUACACAAUAAAUAUGACAUGAACGCAGAAAUUUCACUAAGUCCUCAGAGCCACAAGCCUAGAGACCAGUCGGCAACCUCCUGGCAACUUCUGGUUGCUAGGGAAAAAGUUAGUAUUCCCCAGCGAAUUGUUGCUAGAGGAAAUCACUGCACCAAAAACUGCACCUUCUUGUCAUUGCUGUGGUUGCCAGCAGGUUGCUGCAGUCACUUGUAGUUUGCAAGGAAGAUGCAGACUUGUCUGCAAACACUCACCGCUUACUCUCCCAAGCAAACCAUAAACCAACACGUUUCAAAAGUUGCAACCUGUUUUGAAGGCAAACAGUUCUCCAUUUCCAAUUUUUUCUUACAGUUUCACAGUUGCUUGGUGAAGAGAUGGAAAGUGUUAGCGGACAGCAUUUCUUCUUGCAGCCUCUAGCAAGCAAAGCAAUCACAAUGUUUUUGAUGCAGGAAUAAAAACACCUUUUUGUGACCAAUUUCAGAGUCGUAUAAUACCCAUUUUUCCUUAGAAAACGGUGGUUGCAACGGGGUUACUAACUAGUCUCCAACCAUUUGAGUAUGGAGCUUUUGCAAUCAGUUUCACAGCAACUGCCAGCAGCCUCUAGCAAUGACUCGCAACUGGUUGAGGAAUAAAUAUUUUAACCUAGCAACCAGUAGCUGCUAAAUGGUCGCUAGCAAGCCACUAGGCUUGUCUGACUGAGACCUAAAGUACUAGCAAUCUGCUAGCCUUCCUUUCUACUGUGAGAAAUACUAGCAUAGCUGCUGUUAGCGUACUGUUAAAUAUUAUGUGUCGAUUUUACUCUUCAAAAUUCAAAUUUUUCUGCUCCUGAUAUCUUCUUCACUGCAUACUUUCACUGUUCGGUGAGCCAUAAGUAUUGAGCGCACAGGCCUCAAAUAAAAGACACUUGUAGCAGGGAGUACAGUUGCCUGCUAGCUAGUUAAAACCAGCUAGAUCAGAUUAACAUAUUAGCAUUGUGCCAGGGCGUAAAUUCGCCGUCCUGCUGACCACAGCUCAGGGUUAGACCCCCCCUCCCCAAAUAUACUGCUAAGCAAUCCCAUUAGAGCUACUGGCUCCAGACACUUGUGUCUCACUUAAUCCCCUUCAUCUCAGGAUGCUAAAUAGCAUACAGUGCACACAGCUGAGGACAGAGGCCCUAUCAAUAGCCAUGCUGAUGCUAGCUUUGUAGCCGUCAGCACACUGCUUUUUAGCAGCUGAGCAGGGAUCAGUUCUCAUUUCAUCAGUAUGAAAAAAACUGCAGUUUGUUCACUUGGGUUUUUUUACACAACACCAAACAUUUUAAGAGGUGUUUUCACUUUGCUUUGGCCCCAAGUCCUUCUUUUCUGUCUAGGCUCUUGCUUCAAUCUCUGCUAUGCAUUAGAACUUAAGUGCCUGUCUGUCAUAUCUCUCUCUUAGCAACUAGCACUAAUAUAGAUAUCCUAUCAGAGUAUACUGACUAUUUUUGUCUCUUAUUGUUUUUGGGUCUCUUUUGGCUGUACAGUUCUCAUGAAAAAACUUUUUCUGUUUGUGCGGUGUGGCAGCGAUUUAUCCGAUGACUUGACUGAUAGCCGUGGCUUUGAGCCCAUAAGCGUUGGACCUUAAUGGAGGACUAAAUCGCAGCAGUGCCAAAACACAAAAAAAUCGCGGCUGUUCUCCUCUGGUGACCUUGAGCUCUCAAGUCUGGACACAUUGCUUUGUUUUUGUUUUGGGGGGGAUGAAAAAAUGUUAAAAAAUGUAACCUUUUAUGUUCUCCCUCCCCUGGUGUUUUCUUUAGCAGCGAGGGGAAAACUGUGACAUAUCUCACCUCGCUGUCUGCUCAUUGUGAAGAUUUGCGUAUGCUUUAACCUUGAAUUUGUGUGUGACUCUGACUGGAGGGUUUAAACAAAAUACAAGUGCACGAAGAGGAAGAAAAGGCCGCCGCACAGAAACAGCAGCAAGAAGGAGAAAAAUAAUAAAUAACUUAACGUCUAAUUACACAUGUAUGUGUGUAGCUGCAAAUUUGGACUCGCGUGUUUGCCCGCCUGCCUCGGGAUGCUCGUGAACUUUUUCCCUCUGGUCACAUGACUUUUGAGGUUGACAGCGUAACAAUUGAGCUUUUUUGAUUGGUAGGAAACUGCGGGUAAUAAAGGAUAGUCAUUCAGAAUUGAGAGGGGGGAAGAAUAAGAAUGAAAAACAGACUCAUGAACACACGAAUCUCACGUGUUUACCCACUCCAGACUCGCAGGCAAACACGCGAUAAUGAGUAGAAAUGCUUCUAAUGGUAUUUUUGGAGAUGUUCUCAUAAUGUAACUCAGCAGUUUUCAGCCAAAACGCAAAUGCUUGAUGGUACUUUGGAGUUUAGAAAGAGCGCACAAACACAGUUGCUUUCAAUCCUGUCGUUAUUAUCCUGCCAUUAAGAGCCCCCCAUCCCUCAAGCUCUGAGCAUCUGAUGAUUUUAUUCUUUUUUUGUUUUAUUUUUGCUUCAUAAUGAACGUUUUUACCUUGUCAAACUGCCCGCAGCCUGGAAAACUUCGGCUGCCCGUGGCGACGUACUCGAUUGUCACACCCACAUAUCAUGAACUGAACUCCUUCUGGGAGACGCUCAGGCAGUUUUAAGGUCGGCUGUAUGAUUUCAUUCAUUGCAUUGUUAGCGGAUGUAGACGUGUUCAUUAAAUGUGCAGGAAGGUGCUGCUGCUGCUGCUGCUGUUCUGAAUUGUAUGUAUUCCUCCUGUUCCCCCCGAGGGAUGGUACUGAAUGGGGAAUAUUGUGAGAUUUGCCAUUGAUGUAGACAGUUUUACUUCUAUUGCUUGAGGAAAAACAAAAUCUGACUAGAAAGGAUUAAAAAAAGUCAAACAACAAAAGGA